AUGCCGUCGCCGGACGCGGCGGCGAGGCACACGGGGGCCGGCGUGGCGCGUCGGCAGGCCCACCACGAACGGAUGCGCGACGAGCGCGCUCGGGAGGCGGCCGCGGGCAACGCGGAGCUUCCGCCGGAGGACGACGCGGUCGAGAUGGCGAGCGCCGCCCAGCUGCUGGACAGCGUGGCGGAGGCGGGCCCGAACUACACCCUGCUGCGCAGCAAGGAGACGACAGGCGAAGCGGCUACCUGGAAAACCCCGGGCCUAGCCAGCGGUCUGGUGGACGGCCUAGUGGAUGAUCAGGAUAGCUUGGCUGGUAUCGAUGAGAAUCUCGGCGUCAACGCGGGCCUGACCAGCUCGGGCGCACUAGCGCAGGACAUCAGGGAGCGCCUUGCAAUCUUUGGCAUCGACGUGCCCGGCGCCGCGCCAACCUGGCUUCCACCGCAUGGAGUUGGGUCGGCGAUGAAGUCAAUGGGCUAUCGCGUCCGCAAUCCAGUCGCGUGCAUCAACUCAAUGGUGGGCUCCGUGCUCGUGUGCAAAGAGUCGGAGAGCCGGCCCGAGUGGGUGGACCGGAACAUCGUGCUCGACAUGCUCAUCCUCACGCGGACGGUCAUUUCCAAGCUGCUCACCUUCAACACUGCCGACGACUGGAUCGCGCAGCUUGAAGAUCGAUUCGACGAGGAUGACGACGGCGAUGUGGACAUCUCGGAGCUGCAGGCCUUUAUCGCGGAGGACGAGGGCCUCUCCAAAAAUAAGAAGGUGCUCCGGUGUUUAAAAAGGGCGGAGAAGCUCGCGAUGAAUGGCGGCACGUGCAAGCAGAUGCUCAUGGCGCUCGAGCCGGUGAGGGAGCUGCUCAGAGCGGGAGGGCAGAACGGAAACGACGAGGACGGCGGUGCUCCCUGCCACGACAAGGCCGAGGAGUUCCUCACCGGCGAGGAGUCAAUAACGCGCAACGUCUACGCCGCGCACAUCUGCCUCGAGGAGGGAUGGAAGGACCCCCGCGGCGUCCGUGUGCGGCCUCUCAAUGACGAAACGACUUGCGACGCGCUCUCGUACCUGUCCAAGGUACCCAUCGUCAAGGCGUUCGCCGCGUUGAUGGGGCCGCUGAUCGACGAGCUGGAGGACGCCGGCCUCGAGGUGGGCAAGUCCAUCCGCGCCUUCCCUUACGACUGGCGGGUGGCCAUCCCGAAGCUCGAGGAGCGGGACGGCUACUUCACGUCGCUGAUGGAUGGGAUCGAGCAGCUGGUGGCAGCACAAGGCCACCCAGCGGUACUGCUCGCCCAUUCCAUGGGCUGCCGCGUCGCCCACUACUUCACACACUGGGUCGUGUCAUCCCCGGCGGGCGUGGCGCGGGGCGGCCGCGAGUGGCUUGACAAGUACGUUAACUCGCUGGUGGCGGUCGCGGGCCCGUUCCUUGGGGCCACAUCGGGCACGCAUCAGUACAUCAUCCCUGGCACGGUGAACGGCUUGGUGCCAGCGGUGCUCUCGGUGUCGGGAGGACACACCGUCAUGCGUUCGUGGGGCUCGAUGUUCUUCCUCUUCCUCGCGUCCAAGGCGCUCCGCGGCACCCCAAUCUCGCACCCGUGCUGGGUGCGGAGCCAGGGCGUCCUGCAGAUUGAGCUGAUCAGCCUCGACCUCAUUGACACCGACGCCGACAGUGACACGGACUCCUAUGUCGUCUUUACGCUCCGCAGCUAUCGUGGAGGUCCGAUCGUAAACCGUGCGGGAAACGACCUCAACCUCACUAGUGCAGCGGUGGGCGGUGCGCAUCCCGUCUACAACGAGCUGUUUCAAUUCUCGUGGGAUGCCGAGCCCGACUCGCUCCCCGGCCUGGAGCUGACCGUCUGCAUCAAGGACGAGCGCCUCUUCGGAACCGACCCCGCCAUCGGCGAGUACAAGCUGUGCCUCUCCGAUGGCGACGAUGCCACUCCGGCGACGCGUGCGCUCUUCACUCGCAGCAGCUCGCCCGUAGCCCCGCCAAUUCAGAUGGUUGCUGGCGAGCGCAUCGAGCUGCAUCGCGUCCCGCUUGGAGAGUCGGGCGCCAAAGCGACCUUGAACCUGCGCUGGCUCCCGUCAGACUUCACACCCGCUGGGUACAAGGUGCCACACGAGGGCAUCCCCGGCUGUGGGGGCGAGGCAGACACUGGCGAGUGCGAAGUGGCGACCAAGCGGUUGCAGGAGAGCUUGGGCGAUAAGGGCGAGGUCUGCUGGCCUUUUCGGGACGGGGACGAGCGUUGCGAUGGUCGCUCGGGGUCUUACCGGCCCGUCUCGAUGGAGACGAUGUUCGCGCUCGAAGAGAUGUUUCGCGAGUUUGAGAUGUGGCAGGGCCUCUAUGCGGGUGAUCCUGUCUUUUCAGCCAACUGCACGGCUGCGCCAGAGAUCAAGCGCGUCCUCUCCAUCCAUGGCUGCGCCAAGCCAACAAUGGCAGCUGUCGUCUACCGCCGGCGAUCAUGCAAGUUCAAGGAAGGCCAGCGAACCUGCCUCUUCGAGCCGGACGGCGAUGCACAGGUCGCGCACGAGGGCUUUCGGAUUAAGAAUGGGGUCAUCUACGAGAUGCCGAACGCGCCGCAGGUGAACGUGGAGUCGAAAAAGUGGAGCGACGCGGACCAGCACCUUUGGACCUUCACCUCCGGCUCCGGCGACCGGACGGUCAACUACUCGUCCCUGAAGUGGCCGUUGUCCUGGCGGCAAGACGGACUGCGCGUCGAUGAGAUUGAGAUCCCAGGUGCGGAUCACCGCGGCAUUGUGUCCAUGCCGAUGACCCACUUCUCGGUGCUGCAGCACGUGUGCCGGCCGCCACAGAUCAAAAUACUUGUGAGCCAUGUGUACCUCGGCGAGAUGCGAUGCGGAUCGUGCUACUACAGCUGCCGGUACAAACCGCCACCCGAGCUCGUCAACGACGAGCUUCGUGUCACCUACGAAUGGGACCUCGCGCCCAACAACAUGACGGAGACGGUCACAACCCGCCUCGCGCACACCGAGUGGGUUCCCGUGGCACAAGCUCAUUGCAGCGCUGCGUGGGCCACGCACUCCCAAACCGCAGGCAGCAUCUCAGAGGAGGCGGCCCACAUGAACAACGGAUGCCGAUUUUCUCUUGAGUAUCGCUCAGCCGGCGGCGACCCGGCACUGUACCCCGGCAGCACGACAGUCAAGCUCUGCCGUGACGACAUCCACGGUGAAGACCGGGAGAUUGUGGUCGACCUCGACACCGCUCGCAUCAAUGUCGCAAUAGAACUUAAAGUCAAGCCAGUGGCCGGCGCGCAGUAG